CGGCAACACUGCCGUAAACACGAUAUCUUUCUUCACAACACAAUCUUCUCCUUUACGGCCGUGUUUUGUGCUACCGUAAAGCGAAACGCGUGGAUCCGGAGAAGGUUAAAGUGACUCCGACAACACACGCUUCACCAUGCCGUUUGUGGACCUGCAGUCGCGGCUUGGCGUCAACCUGGACCGCUGGCUCCUGCUGCAGAGCGGAGAGCAGCCUCACAAGCGGGCGUCGCGCUGCCACGCCUUUGAGAAGGAGUGGAUCGAAUGCUCCCACGGCAUCGGGCAGACCCGCGCCAAGCAGGAGUGCAAAGUGGAGUUUGAGGACUUCUACGAGUGCAUGCACCGGCAGAAGACGCACCAGAGGCUGCACGCGAUUCGUCAGCAGCGUGACAAGAUGGUGAAGGAGGGCACCUACACACCCCCACCCCACCACUCAGGCCAGCCAGACCAGUCGCCAUGAGGGAACACACACUGUCUGCCAGCCCAUCUUGUGUAUAGUAACUCAGAUAUCACUAUUGCCCUGUACAAGUUUGCAAAUAAAUGUUAUCAUAGACUGUCA